GACUGAAUCUCAGCUUUAGUUACCAUGCAACGAGACGCCUUUGAGUUGCACUCUUUCUGCACAUGAACUCUCUAGCUAUCUGAUAUGGUGCAUAGCGUUAUAGUUUCGCGAAAUAUAUGAUAUAUAUGGCGAUGUGAGGAUUUCAUAGUGCAUAGUCGUGGUGAUUCUGUAAGACAUGUUCCUCAUCUAGGUAGCUACACAGCUCGGAUAAUAGGAGUAGAUGAUAUGGCUGACGGAUGGUGUACUGACAGCGGGGAAGCCGUGUACCGCUCCCAUGAUGCAGUGAAAAACCUUAAAAUAAGAGUCCGGAUUGAGCGAGUGACCUCCGCAGCAGCUCUCGUUCACCAUCUUCAACAGCAACAGCAGCCGGAACGAGGCGCCCUGGAACUCAACCCUUUAAUCUCCCAAACAAGAUCAACUGAUGAUGAAGAAGAGCUGGUGGUUGGCUGGCAAGAGAAACUGUUCAGUCAGUAUGAAGUGGACCUGUACCAGACCGAGUCGGUGUGCCAGACCCCGCUGGAAAAACAGUAUCACGCCGAAAUCUUGGAAAUGGAAAGAUGUAAAAGAAGACAAAAUCAUCGCAUUUUUACCUACACAGACUUUGAUCGCUUCACCAACUGGGAGGAGCAGGCUCAGAGUCUGCAAAUUCCAGCCCAGAGCAGACCCACCUUCCUGGCAGAGCGCAUGGCAAACGUCAGGCACAGACGCCAAGACAGACGGCCAGCAGACGCCAACAUUCCGAAGGCCCGUUUAGUGGUGUGGGAGCCGUCCAAAGAGUUUAUGAAGAGCAGCCACAUUGUCAACACACCCAUGCAGACCAUGCACAUCAUGGCCGAUUUGGGACCUGCCAGAAAGCUGGGGUUGAAGGAGAACGAAUAUGUCUUGUGCACCGUAAAAGCCGACAGCAACGGAGUCCUUACGGUGAAACCGGAUUUCAACAACAGUAGAGGACCCUACAGGCUGGAGACGGAGGGAGAAAAACGGGAAGUGUGGAGGCUCUACCUGGAGAACGCUUCUGUUCCUAUUAGCAUGGAGGAGAAACAGCGGGAGCAGCGCAUGUACAGAGAUCUGUAUAGCCGCCAUAAAGAUUACCUCAGCAGCCUCGUUGGCCAGGAUUUUGAAAUGCCACCACCAGGAUUUCUUCGCCUGAUCGUUAACGGAGAGAUAGUUUCUGCACAAGGCUAUGAAUAUGACAACUUAUAUAUUCACUUCAUCCUGGAGUUGCCAAACAACUGGUCCAGCGUGCCAUCUCAGAGUCUGUCAGGCGUGACUCAGACAUGCCGAACCCGAGCAUUAGGCAAGGACAACGUGGCUUUCUUCUCCUACCCCUUCAGUUUUGAGUCGUUCUUCAAGAAAGAAGACGAGUCAGAAGAGUCAUUGCCUCAGUGGCCCGUGCUGUACUUCAGGGUUCUGUCCCUGGAUUCCUGGCAGCGCUACAGAACCGAGGGCUACGGCUACCUGGUCAUCCCCGCGACGCCUGGGUCUCACAGAGUGACCUGCCACACAUGGAGGCCUCUGCAGACCGGCACGGUGGCUGAACUGAGACGUUUCUUUAUCGGCGGAGCUCCUGAACUCGAAGACAUCAGUGACGUGAGAAUACCAGGAACGUUCAAGGGGGAUCGUCUGAGCCGGUUCGGGUUUCGAACCCAGACGACAGGAAGCGUCACUUUCAACCUGAACUGCAUCCAGCAUGCACGCGCAUUUGUGGAGGCCAACGCUCUGAAGAAGAGACGGCAGACGGUUUUAGACCAGCUUGGAGGCCACAGUCAGAAAGGAUCUGUUUAUAACGUGCUAGAGGCUUUCCAAAGGGCACGUAAACGGAUGCAGGACGCCAGAGAGAGUCUGCCCAGAGAUCUGAUCAACACCACUGGAGCACUCGACACCGAAUCUUCAGCAUAAAUAUAUUUUGACAGUGUUUUAUAGAUUAUUUGUAUAUAUAUAGUUUGUAUAAAGACAUGCUUUUUGUUGUAAAGUUGAAUUUUUUAUGCUGAAUGUUUUUAUUUUUGCUUAAAGUAAAUUCUGAAAUGUG